CUAGCGUCAGCAAGCCUGCAGAUAAUGAAAUUGCAGGUGGAUCAAGUGGGAAGAGGAAGCCAAUGAGACAAGCUGCUGCCAGAGCAGCUAAAAGGACAAGAAGAUCCUCUUCAGAUAGUUCAAAUUUUGACUCUGACAUAGAACAAAUGAGAAGUUCUGAAUCCGAAUAUAAAAUGACGGGAAGUGACAGUGCUGAGAGUGAUCAUCAAUAUGACAGCAAUCAAAGUAGUGACUUCAACCCAUUCGAGAGUGAUUCUGAUAGUGAUGCUGAUCCAUGGGUUAGUGGGCGCAGUAAAAGAAAGAAGGAAGCUAAAAAGCCAGCUAAGAAAAGACCAACGACGCAGGAUAAAAUACAAGAACUUUUAACAAGAAAAAAUGAUGCUGUUAAAAAUUAUAUGAAGUUUUCCAAUGGCAGCGUGCUGCCCGGAGUUUAUGGUCAGCCAACACCACAAGCACCCCCCAAGGAUGCUAUUGAAAGAGCUUGUACUAUGAAGGAGGAAUUACUGGCACAGAUUGAGAAACUCGGUGAAAGGCUACCUGCAAAUACUUUGGAUCAACUUAUUGAUGAGCUAGGUGGGCCUGAAAAUGUGGCUGAGAUGACUGGUCGCAAAGGUCGAGUCGUUCAAACAGAAGAUGGUCAAAUUCUUUAUGAAUCUCGGUCUGAAGUGGACGUACCUUUAGAGACUUUAAAUUUAACAGAAAAACAACGAUUUAUGGAUGGCGAAAAGGAUGUGGCUAUUAUUUCAGAAGCAGCAUCCAGUGGUAUCUCGUUGCAGAGCGAUCGACGUGUUAGAAAUCAACGAAGGCGGGUACACAUUACUUUGGAACUGCCUUGGUCGGCCGAUAGGGCUAUACAACAGUUUGGACGAACACACAGAUCCAACCAGGUUAACGCGCCUGAAUACAUAUUUUUAAUUUCCGAUUUGGCAGGAGAGAGACGUUUUGCUUCUACGGUAGAAAGAUUAGAAUCUUUAGGAGCGUUGACACAUGGCGACAGACGCGCCACCGAAUCAAGAGAUUUGUCACAAUUUAAUAUUGAUAAUAAGUAUGGCAGGAGCGCUUUGGAAGCUACAAUGAAAACGAUAAUGAAAUAUGAAGCACCUUUAGUGCCGCCUCCUCAAGAUUACAAAGGAGACUUCUUCAAAGACGUUGCCGAUGCUUUGGUGGGAGUUGGACUUAUUGUCAAUAGCGAAGCUAUGCCAGGCGUGCUGUCCUUAGACAAAGAUUACAAUAAUAUAUCCAAGUUUUUGAAUAGAAUUUUAGGUAUGCCUGUUGAAUUGCAGAAUAGAUUAUUUAAAUAUUUUACGGACACACUAACAGCGAUCAUAACACAAGCAAAGAAGUUAGGACGAUUUGAUCUGGGAAUUCUAGAUUUGGGUACUGCUGGUGAAAAUGUAAAAAGAAUUAAGCUGUGGAGAUUCCAAAGAAAACAUGCUACUGGUAUUGCACCUACUGAGCUACAUGUUGUACAUGUGGAACGAGGGAUGGCUUGGCAAGAGGCUAUUGAUAAGUGGUCUGAUUUGACAGGGCCGAAAGAAGGUUUCUAUCUAUCACAUCAAAUAAGAAAUGGUAAACAAACUGCAAUUCUUGCCGUAGCUGUGGAUAACAAUUCCAAGAAAAAAACUGAUCUCGUCAAGUCCAAAAAGGAUCAAUUAUAUCAAGUGUAUAGACCGAAUACUGGCUUGCAGUUCAGGAAUGAGACGCUAGGCGAAUUGGAGAAGAAAUAUAAAAAGGUAUCAACAGAUGAUGCCCAGCCCCACUGGACAGAACAGUAUGAAUCUUCAGUGACAACAUGUUCUCAUGCAUACUGGAGAGGCAAUUGUCGAAAUGUCACACUGGGCCAUGAUUGCGAAGUCGGUCUACGAAGGCGUUCCUAUAAUGUGUUAGCUGGAAGUGUACUUAGUGUUUGGGCUCGUGUUGAGAAUGUGUUGCAAUCGAAGAGCGCUCACAAUAACAAAAUGCAAGUCAUACGUUUGAAGACAACGGAAGGUGUUAAAAUUGUCGGUACUCUUAUACCCAAAAUCUGUGUCGAGCCCUUAAAGCAAGCGUUGUCUUCAGAUGCCGAAAAGGUUGAAGAAGAAAACUUUUAAUUAUAAGAAUAUCUUAGCCCAAGUACAGCAAUCAUACUCGCUUUACAGAAACAUCAUUAAUAUAAUUAUCUAUAUAAUAAUGUCAUACAUAAUUUAAGAGCAAAUGUGUGAAAACUACAAAAUGAUGAAAGCCAAGAAAAGAUGUGCGAAUGUGUUGCUGUGUGUCUUUAGGUGUGACGUGUGAGAUUGUUUGUGAGAACAUUUAUAUCAAUUAUUUUACAUUAAAUGUAAUAAGUGAUUUUAAUUUACUAUUUAUAAUAUGUUAUAUCAUAGUUCUUAUGUAUAUUUUAUGUGUAAGGUUUGAUGAUUAGAUAUCGAUAUUGGAUGUAAAAUGUCACCUAGCUUUUAUCGCGCAAUAUGUGUAUAUUAGUUUUUUAACUCGAGUAAUUUUUAUGAGUGCUGCUGCAUUGCUAGGUGAUGAAUUCUUUUGUAUCUAUUUUGUAACUUAAAUGAUUUACGUUUAAGGGGAUGAUAUAGUUUUAUUUAUGUUUGGUUGAGUUGUUGACAUUGUUGGGAAACAUUUUUGAGGCACAAUCCUUUAAUCAUAACUUACCCAGUUUUUAUCAUUUAACGGCGUGGACCAUAAUCGUUUAUAAAUAUACAAUUAAUUUAGGAAAUUAAACUUUAUUAGAAAGAUUCUCUAACCAAUUCACACAUCCACUGAAAAGAGAACGAACCUCAAGUUCAAUCAUCUGGGAUUUUGACAUUGUACAGAGUUGAUAGUAGAAACAAGCUCUUUAAAAUAUUAGAGGUCUAUGAAAAUUAUUUUAAUUAUAAAG